AUGCAGACCAUGCCGGAUGUGCGUCAGCAGUCCUUUGACGAGAUCUAUGGCCCGCCGGAGAACUUCCUAGAGAUCGAGGUCCGCAACCCGCGCACGCACGGCAUCGGCCGGCACAUGUAUACGGACUACGAGAUCGUGUGCCGGACCAACAUCCCCGCCUUCAAGCUGCGGCAGAGCAGCGUGCGCCGUCGCUACUCGGACUUCGAGUACUUCCGCGACAUCCUGGAGCGCGAGAGCGCGCGCGUCACCAUCCCGCCCCUGCCCGGAAAGGUGUUCACGAACCGCUUCAGUGACGAUGUCAUCGAGGGCCGCAGGGCCGGGCUCGAGAAGUUCCUGAAGAUCGUCGUCGGCCACCCGCUGCUGCAGACGGGCAGCAAGGUGCUCGCUGCUUUUGUGCAAGGUAAGCUGAACGGUAUAGAAGUCGGUGAUGGGGGCCUCCUGAGCUGA